UGGGUCCAAGGCAACAAGAUCUAAACAAAGAUGGCGUCUGAACCACGCAUUUCUCCGAUCCAAAGUCGAAAGUUUCUCCAUCGUCGUGACCUGCAGAAUGAACAAGCUCUGACGACAAUUUGACUGUGGCAAGCUAAUGCACACGGUUUUAACUUUGGCUUAAAUAUGGUGGCAGAAGAUGGAGAAUUCAGCGUCAAAAACUACAGUAUGCAAACAACACAAGAGUCGACCACAGCAGCUUCAACAGUGAGAUACUAAAGAUGUCAUUUGGGGGAAAAUCAUUUAAGAGAGAGGAACUGCGUAUAAAGCAAGAGCUUCAGAACCUAACUAGACAAUCAAAGAGUGAAUUUGUUGGCUUGAAUAGCGAUGAAAAGUCGAAGCUGCUUGAAAGCAGCUCAAAAACUUCACUGGCGCAGAGAAGCCAACCUACAAAACGCCAGCCAGCGAAGAAAACAUCGAAAAGCAAACGAAAAACGACCAAGAAUAUCGAUGCAGAAAAUAAUGAUUCGGACGGAGAAAUCCCUCCACCAAGCCCAUCCAUCGAUUUAGGUUCAGAGUUAAGAACAAUAACGCCAGACUCUGAGAUUGUCACAAAAACAGCUCAAGAAGCUGACCUGCAAGGCUCUGAUGGUGUUGAUCGCAAGACUUCGGACAUGAUUUCUCGAUCGACUGGCGUGGCUUCUAUCCGUUCAAAAGUGGAGUUGAAUGUUGUAAUGUAUGGAAAAGGACUUGGAGAAGAAAAUAGUUCGACAGCGAAGCAAAAAGAUAAGAAAUCAGCAGCAAAACCACGGUCAGCACACUCAAGAAGUCCCAACACUUCACGAACAUCCCCUCAGCCUGAGGACGUUCCGGUUAAGAAGCCAGCUAUAAUUGGCUCUCAAAGUACUGCUGUAGCUGUGCAGUUUGCACAUCGACCAGCGCCCAAACAGAGACCAAGCUCCAGGGCCUCACAACAAGGAUCAGUCAAGAGUCGAGCUUCUUCUGUUAAGUAUGUUUAAUAUUUGAAACUGUUUA